AUGCUCGAAAGUAGGAGAGCGCAAGCUUCUCUGUGUGGGACGGUGAGAGAGGUCAAGGCCCAAAGAGGGUGUCCACAGGGUGGCGUCUUGUCACCAAAUCUGUGGAAUCUGGUGGUUGACGAUCUCCUGUCCGAGCUCAAUGCACAGGGCAUGUACGCUCAAGGAUAUGCUGACGAUAUUGUUGUACUAAUAAGAGGAAAAUUUAUGAACACUUGCCUGGAACUCAUGCAGAGGGCAUUGUCCAUAGUGGAGAGGUGGUGUAACCAGGAAGGUCUGAGGGUCAAUCCAAUGAAGACUGUAAUGGUACCAUUUACAAGGAAGAGAAAUGUUGAUAUCGCUAGAGUACCAACUCUCUUCGGUAAUCAGAUCCAGGUUAAGAGGGAGUUCAAGUACCUAGGAAUAAGGCUGGACGACAAGCUCACCUGGAACAGCCAUUUGGCACAUAUAACGCAACGUUCUCAGACCACACUUAUGAUGAUGAGGCGGGCUGUUGGGAAGACCUGGGGUCUAAGUCCACAAAUGACUAACUGGCUAUACACUAGGGUUGCAAGACCGAUGAUGGUGUAUGGCUCGGUGGUCUGGUGGACCAAGGUAAUGCAAACUACCGCUGUAAAGAGACUACAAAAGAUCCAGCGAGUGGCAUGCCUUAGCAUCACAGGAGCCAUGAGAGGCACUCCAACUGCAGCCCUGGAAGUAGUGCUAAACCUGCCACCUCUCGACAUCAUUGUGAAAGGAGAGGCAAGGAUGGCAGCCUACAGAAUGGCUUGUAGUGGCAACUGGAAGUAUAAUGCCUCCAGUGAGCACACAAGAGUUGUAGACAAGGUGCAAACGAACUCCUUGGAAAUGCUACCAGACAGGAUGGUGAAGAUCACAGAUCUAGAAAAACCAUACAAUGUCAACAUUGUUGACAGGGAUGCCUGGGAUAAGGGUGAACCUGAAUUCAUGAAAAGGGGGAUCACCUGGUAUACGGAUGGCUCGAAAAAGCCAACGGGCACGGGGGCUGGAAUAUAUGGAGUCAGACCCAAGGUGCAGUUCUGCGUAAGUUUGGGAAAAAUGGCCACUGUAUUCCAGGCAGAAGUGGUGGCCCUGUCUGAGUGUGCGAGAGUGUGUUUGAAGCGCGGUCUUAUAGGCCACACUAUAUACAUGAACUCAGACAGCAAAGCAGCACUAAUGGCACUUGACAGUUUCGACUUUACCUCCAAGGCUGUAUGGGACUGUCAUCAAGCCAUGAAAGCCCUGGGAAAAACCAACAGGAUCAUCCUUAGUUGGGUUCCAGGGCACAAAGGUAUUGCUGGCAAUGAGGGAGCUGACAAGUGGGCAAACAAAGGAGCUGAAAGCCCGCUCAUGGGUCCAGAGCCGACGUGUGGUAUUGCUUACAACACAGCACGGAGAGCUGUUCGCCAGUGGAUGGGCAUAGAACAUCAAAGGAACUGGGAAAGAACAGAAGGAAAUGUACAGUCAAAGAGAAUGCUGAAGGCACCUACAGGUGCGAUGGCGGCAGAAGCCCUUGGGCUGAGUAGUAAGACCCUGCGGAAGGUGGUUGGCUUUAUUAGCGGCCACUGGUCCGACGAGCCGAGCGCCGAGCCAAACAUGCUCGCCGGUACGAAGGCUCGCAGACCCCAUGCACGGGCGAGCAUGUUCGCCGCCAACACCGUCACGAACAUGUUCGCGAACAUGCUCGGUGAUUACUAUCUGCUAUGA